AUGGAAACGUUUCGAUCAGAUGCACAGCAAAAGUUAACUCGGCUUCGUCUGACUGCGUCACGUCUUAACAAAGAAAUAGCAAUGAAAACAGAUUCAUCGAGAGCUGAACUUCAUCCAUGCAUUUCUCAAUGUACUAUGAAUCUAGAUUUUUCAAGUCCACUCAUUUUACCCUCGAAUUGUUCACAGCGCAUAUUGUCAAAAGUAUGUCAUGCUACAGUCGCUAUAACCCAUGACUUUGAACACAUCCAUAUCAGUUUUUUUUCGACGGAUUCCGAAAAUGGCCCUGAUAAUGAGACUCUCACUAGCACAGCACAACAAAUGGUAUCGAUGCGAUACCACGAUGUGUGGUCUUUUAUUUAA